CAGCCUCGCCUGCUGCAGGGCUCAACGCUCUCUAUCGACUUCGGUUCACGACUAUUUCCCGUUUGGAUCCCGAGAAAAACUUUACCUUGUUUCUUCCGACUUAUGCGAAGCAACUUUUAUUUUUAUUUUUUGCCUGGAGGGUAUUCUAGAAAAGAGCAGUAGCUGAAAAUGACGUCGGGGGCGAGAAUGCCAACGUGGAAGGAGAGGGAGAACAACAAGAGGAGGGAGCGGAGGAGGCGGGCCUUCGCCGCGAAGAUCUACACCGGUCUCCGGAUGUACGGGAACUACAAGCUCCCGAAGCAUUGCGACAACAACGAGGUCCUCAAAGCUCUAUGCAACGAGGCCGGUUGGACCGUCGAAGAAGACGGCACCACCUACCGAAAGGGAUGUAAACCUGUGAAUCGAAUGGACAUUAUGGGUGGAUCAACUUCUGCUAGUCCAUGCUCGUCAUUCCAACCGAGUCCAUGUGCUUCUUACAAUCCAAGUCCUGCUUCAUCUUCCUUCCCGAGCCCAGUCUCAUCCCAUUAUGCUGCAAAGGCCAACGGUAAUGCUGAUGCCGAUUCUCUCAUUCCAUGGCUGAAAAACCUCUCAUCAGGAUCAUCAUCAGCCUCGUCUAUGCUUUCCCAUGAUCUUCAUGUCCAUGGAGGUUCUAUCAGUGCUCCAGUUACCCCUCCAUUGAGCUCCCCAACAUCUCGAACUCCUAGAACUAAAAAUGACUGGGACGACCCAACUGCAACCCCAUCAUGGGCUGGGCAGCACUAUUCUUUCCUGCCCUCAUCUACCCCACCAAGUCCUCGCCAUCAGGUCCUGCCUGAUUCAAGGUGGUUUGCUGGUAUACAAAUCUCCCAAAGCGGCCCAGCAUCCCCUACAUUCAGCCUUGUUUCACGAAACCCCUUUGGCUUUAUGGAGGAGGCGUUAUCAGGUGGAGGGUCUCGGAUGUGGACUCCCGGGCAGAGUGGUACAUGCUCUCCUGCAGUAGCUUCAGGCAUUGAUCACACCGCAGAUGUUCCCAUGUCAGAUGGAAUUGCAACUGAAUUUGCAUUUGGCAGUAACACAACUGGGUUGGUGAAGCCCUGGGAAGGAGAAAGAAUCCACGAGGAAUGCAUAUCUGAUGAUCUUGAACUCACACUCGGGAGCUCUAGAACUAGGUAGAGAGGCUCGAUAGCAGUUGGUAUGGGCUUAUUGGUUUGGGUCUACCUUCACGUGCAAGAGUUUCAUUUGGCAAGGCAUGCCAGUUAGAAAAGUACAUUGAGUAGGAGCAGCUUUUUUUAUUUUAUUUUAUUUUUCAUCGUUUUUCUUACCCUUCAUUUUUCUUUUAAUUUUUCCCCCGAUCAAAAGGGAGAGAACCAAAAGUAAAUUAUAAAUAGUUCAUGGUUGUGCUUUGCCCUUGGUUCGAUUUUUUUAUUCCAAUAUUCGUGUUUAUUUAUUUUUCCCUCAGAGACGAACUUUUAUUAUGGAUUUGGUAUUGGUUACUGGAGUGAUUUGAGGAGUGUGAUUGAAAGGGAUUUUGAAUGUCUGGAUUAGCUCAAAAUGGUUUGGCGAUAGCCUUUACUGGUUGCCAUUGAUGGUUAA